UUCGAGCAAUACUACAGUCUACAGCUUUUUCCCGAAUAAUAAGACUGAUAAAAACAUACAAACCCUAAACCCUGACAUUCAAAAUCCCCAAUUGUGAAACUGAAGAGAUCGAAUUUGACUAAGAAGAUGGAAGGAUUGCAGAAGGCAUACAGCAGUGCGGUAUCACAGGUGCAAGAAUCGGCGGAGAAAUUCAACACCUACGCCUCUUCUUUGGAGAAAGCUAAACCUCUUAACUCUUCUCUUUCUUCUUCAUCGGUGGCAGCGUUAUCUGUUGACCAGUCUGGCCGGUUGGUCACCCGCUCCUCAAGGCAAUUUAUAUCAGUAGGGACUUGCUCAAAGCUUUGUGCAUUUUGCUUUGUUGCUGGAGUGUUUAUUGGCUACACUCUGAAGCGACGUGUCAAGCGCUGGGCCUCGAGAAUUCUCAGAAGGCUGAAAGAUGACUGAAGUAGGUCGGGAUAAGGAUAACCAAAAAUUGCUUGAGGUACUCCAAAUAGGAAUAUAAGAAGACUUUCCGAAUUCUUUCGCCAGAUACAUACAGAUUGCUAGAAAAUCGCUGAAUGUUUACACUUUUCUGGAAAACAAAUACUGACUGCUAUUCUAGAUGCGGGGGAUCGAACCCCGUGCCUCUCGCACUCUACCAUUUGAGCUACAUCCCCUUUCAUAUAAAUACUUUAUUAAUUUAAUAACGUGUCAUUAAUCCGA